CUCAGCCAAGGCGAAAUGCAGUGCUGCAGCACUCGUGCAUCCUCAGAGCACUGUGCUGGGUCCGUGGCACAGAUCUGUGUUUGUUGUCUUUUACAGUACAAAGGAAAUGAAGAUGGGGAGACAGUUAUCAUCGAAAAAGACCAUUUUAUGGAUGACUUCUUCCAGCAGGUUGAGGAAAUCAGAAAUAACAUAGCAAAAAUAGCACAAAAUGUGGAAGAAGUGAAGAAGCAGCACAGCAUUAUCCUGUCAGCACCAAAUCCUGAAGGAAGAACAAAGGAAGAACUUGAAGAACUAAAUGAGGAAAUCAAGAAGAUUGCCAAUAAAAUCCGGGCCAGGUUAAAGGCUAUUGAGCAGAGCUUUGAUCAGGGUGAAAAUGCCAAUCGGACAUCAGUGGACCUCAGGAUCAGGAAAACACAGCACUCGGUGCUGGCACACAAGUUUGUGGAGGUGAUGACGGAGUACAACGAGACGCAGACGCUGUUCCGGGAGCGCAGCAAGGGCCGCAUCCAGAGGCAGCUGGAGAUCACUGGAAAGACCACCACUGAUGAGGAGCUGGAGGAGAUGUUAGAGAGUGGUAAUCCUUCCAUUUUCACUUCUGAUAUCAUCUCAGACUCCCAGAUCACCAGGCAGGCCCUGAACGAGAUCGAGUCCCGGCACAAGGACAUCAUGAAGCUGGAGUCCAGCAUCCGGGAGCUGCACGAGAUGUUCAUGGACAUGGCCAUGUUUGUGGAGACUCAGGGAGAAAUGAUCAACAACAUAGAAAAGAACGUGAUGAAUGCGACAGAUUACGUGGAACAUGCAAAGGAAGAGACAAAAAAGGCAGUUAAAUAUCAAAGCAAAGCACGCAGGAAAUUGAUGUUCAUAAUAAUAUGUGUAACUGUAUUGCUUCUGAUACUUGGAAUUAUCCUAGCAACAACUCUGUCCUAGCAAGCACAUUCCAAGAGUUACCAACCUUCAGGAACUCCAAAACAUCUUCAGUGAAACCAAACCUUUUCCACAGAUGAUGCCUUACGCUGUCCCAGCACCAUGACCUGUCACUAAUGGCUAAAAAUGAAAGCAAAAUCACUCUUAAUGUUUACUCGUGAAUGAAGAUCAGGAUGUAUUGGGGGUGUGUGGAUUUUACAGCACAAACUAGACACCUGUAAGACUGAAACUUGGUUUUGAGCUAAAGUAACUGCGGGUUUGUUCACAUCUCAGUGUUACAGUUGAAGUAGGGAGGGAGAGACUAUUGAGUUUUGAGUGUUUGGCUUUUUUUUUUUCCUAUUGCUAACCUAACUCUAAUCAUGACUUAAGUACCUUGCCAGUGCUGCCUUUGUUAGCAGUCUUGUGAAUAUUUUUAUGAGAUGUAGCCUCGUGUUUAAGUGUAUUAAUUAUUUAGUCACCUUAACCUAUUUAAACCUUAUGCUUUUUCUCCAACAAGUGCUAAAAUAUCUUAUCCUGAAAAGACUACUCCUUUAACUGCCUAGUGCAUUACUUGAGAAGAAAAACAGAAAAAAGCUUUUUUACACUUGCCAGGUUUUUUUAUUUUUUCUGUUGAGGUUAACUGCUUUAAAUACUUCCUUCAUGGUUAAUAAAAAGUUAGUUGCAACAUUUCUGGUAAAAGCACACAGCUCUGAAAUGCUGAAUUUGCACUUGGGCAGGUAAUUUUACAGGUAGUUCUUGUGCAGAGGAAACUGGUGGAUCAGUUUAGCCUUAUUGCUCACAUGAAUAUGACAAAAAUGACUUUAUAAAGCCAAAUCACGUUUUUUUGUUCUGGAGUUUGCUAAUGUUGAUGUAUGAAUAUAGCACAGGGGGAUGAACUCCCCCAGAAGAGUCUGAGCUUAAUACAAACUAAGACACUGAUUUGUUAUGAAAUCUUGUGGCUAUAACAUGGAUGAAGUGUUUUGGUGUACAAUGCCUGUUGUAAUGCCAGCUUGCACCACUCGAAAGCUUCAGAGAACUCAAAUGUACCCAAAUAACUGCAUUUAGUGUUACAGGUUAUUUUUGUAUUUUUGUGUGUAAAAUAUUUGUAACUUGGGUUUGUGACUCCUCGUUGUUCAAGCAUAUCCAUGUAGAUAUGUAGAUACAUUUACACUCUAAGAGAAGUAGAGGAGAGGAUAAUUUGUGCCUUUUAAAACUUAGUCUAAAACUGUGCUCAUCAAUGUUUUCAGAUAUUCAGCUCUCAUGUUGACUGCAGUAACUCAGUCCUACAAGUUUAGAAUCCUCAAACUUUUGUUUUGUUGGAAGUGUCUGAGAUCAAAGUUACUCAGAAAGCAAGAAUUCAGACUUCAUAAAAUUCAGCAAAGUUUACAGUUUCUCUUGUAUCUAUGAAUAUUCCUGCUUUGCUGCCCAGGUAUACUGUGAAUAUGCUGGAGCUAUUCAGAUGUCAAACUUGUUUGAAGAAAAAAGCAAAUACUGUUGUUAUUAUUAUUAUUAUUAUCAUUAUUAUUAUUGGUCUCUACAAGUCAGCCAUAAAGAAGUCGCUUGAAAAAUUCGGCUUCAACAAUGAACAAAUUCCUUUUACCUCCGAGUCCAGAAUGCUCACUGAUGUUUGUGAGGAAGUUUACAUGCAAAGUCAGGAAGGAUUGGUUGCCUUAAUGCUCAUCCUAGGUAAAUAUAUUUUAUUCUGUAGUUUUCUAGAUUUUUAUCAGCAAGUAUUAUUUAUACAGAUAUGCAGAUUAGAUGGGGGGAAAAUCACUCCUGCUGUUUUCCAGCUGGUUAUGUAAACUGACCCUCAAAAUCCUGUCCUGUUGAGUUUUUUGCUCUGUCAUGCAGUAAUCUGCCCAUCAAGACCAGAAAUUUGAAUAGGCUGCUGCACAGUUUUUACUUCUUGUUGAACAGCUGCCUCAGUGAGUUUGUUUUACAGCAAACCAGACUUUUCAGAUGAACCUCUUUGUGUGGAGGUCGGAGGGGAGUCAGUCUCUAACCUAUGCACUAAUAAACUCAUCCAGCGAGUCUGCUGUGUCUGCUUUGUGUCCCUGCUGUUCCUGCGGCCCCAGAAUGUUCCAGAAGUGUUUCAACGAGGUUUUUGCACUGGCUUGCCUCAAACUCAGGGUAAGGUGGCACCUUUUCUUUGGUCAGUAGUGCACAAAGCUGUCCUGCUGCUGUGCUCGAGGGGGUUUGGGUUUUUGACUCUUGCAUCGCCCUCAGCAGCGUUUCUGCCACCAGGGGAGUCUGCUGAAGCUUUGUGCAAGUGUUUUCAUGAUCUCAGUCAGCAUUUCCCCUGCAGAGGUUUUCCAGCAG